AUGAGCCGCGGGGUGUGGUUUCCUGCACUUGGGCUGCUGGCCUGGCUGUGCUGCCUCAGUCUGGGGCCCGUGGAGGGGGGGAAGGUGCUGGUUGUGCCUGUGGAUGGGAGCCACUGGCUCAGCAUGAAAAUACUGGUGAAGGAGCUCAGCGAGAGGGGACAUGAAAUCUUGGCCCUGGUGCCAGAAACCAGUCUGUUGAUCCAUGGCUCAGAGAGCUUCAAGACAGAGGUCUACCCUGUCCCCUUUACCCAAGAAGAACUGGACGGAAAUUUCAAAGAGCUGAAGGAUGGAGUGUUCCUCAAGCCGCCGAAAGUCACAGAUUUGUUUAUCAACUUGCAGCGUUUGGUAAACUUCACAACAGUUCAGGUGACAGCCUGCGAGAGUUUGCUGAACAACCAGCCUCUAAUGGGUCGACUGAGGGAAGGGGGCUUCGAUGUUUUGCUAACAGACCCCUUCCUUCCCUGCGGCUCUGUCCUGGCUCAUAUCUUUAACAUCCCAGCAGUUUAUUUCCUGCGGGGACUUCCAUGUGAGAUGGAUCUAAAAGCUAACCAGGUCCCCUCUCCUCGUUCUUACAUUCCUGUGGCUUUCUCUGGUAACACGGACAUCAUGACAUUCCCACAGAGAGUCAAAAACAUGCUGAUGUCUUUUCUGGAGUCCUACAUGUGCAGAACUAUCUAUGCACACUUUGACGAUCUGGCCCGCAAGUACAUAGGAGACGACAUGACCUACAGUAAACUUCUCAGUAAUGGUGCAAUCUGGCUUCUCAGAUACGACUUUACUUUUGAGUGGCCCAGACCGCUCUUGCCGAACAUGGUUUUUAUUGGCGGUAUCAAUUGUGGAAAGAAGUCUCCUCUGCCUGCGGACUUGCAGGAGUUCGUGGAUGGAUCAGGAGAUGACGGAUUUAUCGUCUUCACCCUGGGAUCAAUGGUGGCCAAUAUGCCAAUGGAGAAGGCAAAACAGUUUGUUGAUGCAUUCAGGCAAAUUCCUCAAAGGGUUGUGUGGAGAUACACUGGAGACCUACCUAAAGAUUUACCAAAGAACGUGAGACUCAUGAAGUGGUUACCUCAGAAUGAUCUCCUAGCCCAUCCCAAAGUGAGAGCCUUCAUCACACAUGGAGGUACCCACGGUAUCUAUGAGGGUAUCUGCCAUGCUGUACCCAUGUUGAUGUUUCCACUGUUUGGGGACCAGGGGGACAACGUGCACCGCAUGGUGGCCCGCGGUGUCGCAGUUAAACUUGGAAUUUACGAUGUGACGACUGAAAGCCUAUUAGCUGGACUAAAUACAAUCAUCCAUGACAAAAGUUACAAGGAGAACAUAGUGAGGCUGUCUGAGAUUCAUCUGGACCGUCCUGUCCCGCCUCUGGACCUGGCUGUUUUCUGGACUGAGUUUGUCAUUAGGCACAAAGGAGCCGAACACCUCCGGGUCGCUGCACACGACUUAAACUGGAUUCAGUACCAUAGCCUGGAUGUCAUCGGCAUUUUAAUCUUAAUUAUAAUCACUUUUCUGUGGAUGACACUGAAAGGCUGUUUAUUCUGCACCCGCAAGUGUUGCGGAAGGGGGACUCCAAAGAAAAAGAAAGAGUAGUGUUUAUAACAGUCACUACGUUUUAUAAGCUCUGUAAUGAAGUCGAUAACGUAUGUUGAAACACUGCAAUGAUUUUUAUACUGGUGUGUGUGAGUGUGUAUUGGUGUGUGUGUGUGUGUGUGUAUAAUAUGUCUGUUUGCUUAAAAUAAAAUCUGUUCAAGUGCCAUUACUACGUUGUCUGUAAUGCAUGUGAAACAUGCUACUUGCUGUGAUUGAUUGAAGCCAAGAUCUGAAAAGCCAACCUAAGAACAAAUAAAAACAUUUUUUUAAACUUG